AUGACCAAAAGGGGUAUCGCACGCACAUUCUUCACAAUGUGUGUGUUUUUUUGCGAGACCUUGUUCUUCCCUCGGUUUUCAGAGUGUUCGAGCACGAGCGUGUUACUGUUCAGCGGGUGCGCGCAGCAACGCUACACCCCAAACUCGCCGUACGAGUCGAACCUGGACUCGCUACUCACCUCGCUGGUGAACUCGGCGACGUACUCGUCGUACAAUAACUUCACGGUGGUGGGGUCCACGCAACAGGACGCGGUGUCCGGCCUCUAUCAGUGUCGCGGCGACCUCGCUAUGCCGGACUGUGCAGCCUGCGUGGCGCGGGCCGUUACGCGCGCUGGUGACAUCUGCCGUGGGCUGUGCGGCGGCGCGGUGCAGCUCGACGGCUGCUUCGUGAAGUACGACAACAUGACAUUCCUUGGCGUGGAAGACAAGACGGUGGUGCUGAAGAAGUGCGGGCCCUCCGUGGGGUACAACCCCGACGCCAUGGGGAGCCGCGACGCCGUACUGGCCGGGCUCGCCGCCGCGGGGGGGAACUUCAGGGUGGGCGGUUCCGGUGGGGUGCGCGGCAUGGCACAGUGUACAGGUGACCUAAGCUACGGCGAGUGCCAGGACUGCUUGGCGGAGGCCAUCUCGCGGCUGAAGGGCGACUGCGGCACGGCGGAUUACGGGGACAUGUUCUUGGGGAAGUGUUAUGCGCGGUAUUCCACCGGUGGGGCCCACGAUGAGUCCAAGGCCCACGGCGAAUCAGGUCACGGAGGCGUAAAGACAUUUGCUAUAAUUAUUGGAUCAUUGGCAGGAGUGGCUAUACUUAUUAUUUUCCUUGCUUUCAUGACCAAAAUUUGUGGGAGACAGGGUAAAUAA